AUGCCUCAAAACGAAUAUAUUGAGCAACAUAUCAAGAAACACGGCAAGAGAUUAGAUGCCGAGGAGCGUGCGCGUAAGAAGCAGGCGCGUGAGGGUCACCGAGUAGCCAAGGAGGCUCAGACCCUGACGGGCCACCGUGCAAAGAUGUUUGCAAAGAAGAGAUACAGCGAGAAGGUCGCAAUGAAGAAGAAGAUUAAGCAGCACGAAGAGUCGAAGGUGGCCGGUCCCUCGACACCCAACCAUGCCCAGGAUGAGGCCAUGCCUGCAUAUCUGCUUGAACGUCAGAACCAAAACACAGCUAAGGCUCUGUCAACUUCCAUUAAGCAAAAGCGUCUGGAAAAGGCUGAGAAGUUUACCGUACCAUUGCCUAAGGUUAAGGGUAUCAGUGAGGAGGAAAUGUUUAAGGUUAUUAAGUCAGGUAAGCGCCGCAAUAAGUCAUGGAAGCGCAUGAUUACAAAACAUACAUUUGUGGGUGAGGGCUUCACCCGAAGACCCGUCAAGCUUGAGCGCAUUAUUCGACCUUCAGCUCUGCGUCAAAAGAAGGCCAACGUCACUCACCCAGAGCUUGGUGUUACUGUGUGUCUCCCCAUUUUGUCUGUCAAGAAGAACCCCCAGAGUCCCAUGUACACCCAGCUCGGUGUUCUCACUCGUGGUACCAUUGUCGAGGUCAACGUUUCGGAGCUUGGGUUGGUCACGGCUGGUGGCAAGGUUGUUUGGGGUAAAUAUGCCCAGGUCACUAACGAGCCUGACCGUGAUGGUUGUGUCAAUGCUGUGUUGUUGGUUUAA